AUGGCGAGUCCGAGUUUUGCUAAUCUAUCCAUUGAUGAUGACGGUGAAGAAGAAGGUUUCUGUUUUGAUCUGGAGGAAGAGGUAAGCGAGGUGGCGGAUCUACGACUAUGUCUAGUUGGGAGAUUCCUUUGUGACAAACCGAUUCAUGUCCGAUCCAUGAAGAGUAGAAUUGCGGAUAUAUGGAGAGUUGUGAAGGGGGUCGCAAUCAAGGAAGCAUCUGAAGGUUUGUUCCUAUUUCAGUUUGAGCAUAAACUAGAUAUGGAAGCAGUAAUCAACGGGGGUCUGUGGAGUUUUGAUAAUCACCUCCUAAUCCUGGAACAAGUCAAAUUGGGGAUUCAAAUUGAAAAUAUACCUCUAUUCCAUGUUGAUUUUUGGAUACAAGUCCAUAACCUUUCGGCUGGCUUCAUGAUAGAGAAGGUAUGGAAAGCAAUGGCUAGUUACAUUGGUACGUUAGUGGAAUAUGGUAAAAAUAACAAUACGAGUUCCGGCGUCAAUAUAUGA